AGGUGAAAGCACUAAUAUCAAGUUCAUGUAGCUCAACCAUUCACCACGCGGCCCCCAGUAGCAGCCUCGAUAGCGACAACCAAAGUGUAUCCCUCCGGUCACACAAAGUACUUUAACAACCUCACCUUCGUAUCCCCGACCUUCCGCACCCCACCUCAACCAACCAUGUGGGCGAACGUACCACCCCCGAAGAGGCCAUCACCCCGUAGGCCAUCACCCGUUAGUCUACUCCGUAGGCCAUCGCCCGUUAGCCCACUCCGUGGGCCACCCCGCAAACCUCUCAACUGCGCCCAGCGUGCACCGCAGUGGGCGAAAGACAAUGUAGACUGGAUAAAUGCUGCCGGGCCUGCACACAAGACCGGCGUACCAUUCCCGCUAUUUCGAUCCACAUUCAAGAGCAAGGAAUUCGAACUCAAGGAGGUAGACAAACUUAGAUUUAUCCCUGAAGAUCCUAUAUCCGUUAACACUGUUAAGUUCCCAAUCUUAGCCCUUCCACGCGAAUUACGAGACCACAUCUACAGUUUCCUGUGGCCCGCCGAGACACCGGAGGAGAUCUCUCUCACACUCAGCCAUCUUCCGACUACUCCGUCUUUAUCCCGUGCCAACCAACAACUCCGAAUAGAAACCCUGCCAUACUUCAUCCAAGGGCAUAUCUUCAAUGUUCGGGACUCAGCGGAUUUGAAGGGUUUCCGGGAGUGGCUCGACGAAUUGUCUAACAAGUGGAACUUCGAGGCCUAUGGCGCCAUCCGACAUCUACGAUUCAUGGAAUGGGGAGGCCGUGGGAGUUGGUUGCAAGGCGGUAGCGAAGAAGUGGACUUCCUCAGGCAGUGCUCAAACAUCACGACUCUAGAGAUCAUCUGCGGCUUGGGAUGUGGUGCGAUACUUCCACAACAUCGACGAAAUGAUGAAGUAUCUUCACUUCGAUGCAAUAUUUAAGUGCAAAAAGCUUGGGAAACUCACCAUUGCGGCUGGACGGGGGGACCGCGAGGGAGUCAUGACGGGGCUUGAUUUCAAGCGUUGGUUUCGAGACGGCUUUGAAAAACACGGGAGGGAUGUCAAGGUCGACAGACGGCUCAUCAUGGAUGAGUCACAUCUAUCGACAGCCCGCAUCGCUUAGGGAACUGGGCCCGCUGCAUACGAUAGUAACAUUUGGGUCGAUACUCAGG